AAAUGUAUAUCGUUUGCGUGUCCUUCUUGUUUUGCUUAUUCUCAUCUGCCCUGGGUAUGCCAACCCAGGUACAAGACAUUGCAGUAGCACGUUUAUUUGAAUCAGAGCAUCCUACCCAAGUCUGUCCAAUUGACUGGAAUUCUCUCAAUCUCACUCACGUACUAGCGUCCCCGUCGGUUGGACCUUUUAAUGGUUGUGGUGGUUGUCUCAAUGUAACAGAUGUACCUCUCACUCGACACACCUAUGUUCUUGCAAUUGACAGGAGUCCAACUGCAAUGCUCGAGCUCGGGUUAGGUGCAUUUGAAGAUUUGUUUGGAUCAAGUGAAAUAGGCACUCAGAAGGUUAUAGCCUGGUCAAUUACAGGCCAGUCAUUCUGUUCUCAUCUGUUGUAUCCACAAACUCAACAUCUGCCUACACUCACACCAUCAUCAUCACCAACACAAUUUUUUCCUUCAUAGUCAUCUACAUUACCAGGCGUCAAUUGACGUCAAUUGGUAUCAGUUUAUCAAAAAAAAUAAAAUUCACCCACCCACGUUUGGGCACAUUU